AUGCAAACAACUCAAUUCUAUAUACAAUAUAUAGAAUUACACCUCAAGAAAGCAUGCAGAGAGAAAAUACAAGAUACUCAACAAAACAUUCCCAUAUCAGCAAGAAUCGACAACUCUGAUGUCAAAAUAUUUGUCAAAGAAGAAAAAUAA